AUGGAGCUGAACGGCACCGUGUCCAUAGUUACGGGCGGCAACGGCGGGCUCGGCCAGCGGAUAUGCGUCGCGCUGGCGGAGGAGGGCAGCAAGUGCGACGUGUCCGACCCGGCGCAGGUCGAGAGCCUCGUCUCGAACGUGGAGGCCCGGCUGGGCGGCCCCGACAUCCUCGUCAACGACGCGGCCUACAACAAGAUGAUCCAGUUCGACGACCUGGACGGCCUAACCUACGAGGAGUGGUGCAAGAUACUGGACAUCAACCUGACCGGCCCGAUGCUGACGACGAAGGCGGUCGCGCCCGGGAUGCGGAAGCGCGGGCGGGGCCGGAUCGUCAACAUCUCAUCCAUCGCGGGGUUCGCUCCCUCCGGGUCGUCCAUCGCCUACGCGGUAUCGAAGGCCGGGCUGAACCACCUGACGCGGUGCAUGGCGGUCGGGCUGGCGCCCGAGAUCCUGGUGAACUGCAUCGCGCCCGGGCAACUGGAGGGCACGAGGGCCACGGCCAAUCUGGACCCGGCGUUCAGCAGGCAGGCCCAGCUGGGGGCGCUCCUGAAGCGCUCGGCGAGCAAGGACGACAUCGCCGACCAGGUGGUGGCCUUCUGCCGGACGGACAGCACGACCGGCCAGAACCUGGUGAUAGACGCCGGGCGGUUCUUCCACUAG